AUGGAUAUUAUACGGCAUAAGAAGGCUUGUGUAUAUAUGGCCGUAGAGGAAAUUUUGCAUGAUCAGAUGAUGCAGAUAGCGGUUGUCCUCGAUGUUGUUGAUAGGGCAAGGUCCCAGAAACGUAAGCGUAGAGUUCUAGCUGUGCCAUAUGGGAUUGUACAUAGAAUCCCUGAUCAAGUGAAGCACCUUAAUCGAAUUAUAGGUUUUAGCGAUGUCGAUUGUUUACUAAAUUUGAGGAUGGACCGAAAUACAUUCGGUAGACUAUGUCUGCUAUUGAGAGACUUAGGUGGGUUGAAAGAUGGUAGAUUUGUGACUGUGGAGGAGCAGGUUGCGUUAUUUCUGUCUGUACUUGCUCACCACAAAAAAAAUCGGGUUGUAAAGUUCGAUUUUUGGAGAAGUGGGCAGACAGUGUCACACUAUAUUCAUGUUGUGUUGAGAGCCAUCCUGAAUCUCCAUGUUAUACUGUUGGUAAAGCCCACUGCGGUGCAGGAAGAUUCAACCGACCCGCGAUGGAAAUGGUUUAGGGGUUGUUUGGGUGCAUUAGACGGUACAUACAUCAAUGUUAUGGUGCCGAAUAUUGAUAAACCGCGGUAUCGAACGAGGAAGGGACAAAUUUCAACAAAUACACUUGCAGUUUGUGACAAAAAUAUGAAGUUUGUGUACGUUUUGCCGGGAUGGGAGGGAUCAGCGGCGGAUGCUAGAAUCUUGCGCGAUGCGUUGAACAGACCUAAUGGAUUCAAGGUACCCAGGGGCUCAUACUAUCUCGUGGAUAAUGGAUAUGCCAAUUCUGAGGGGUUUCUCGCUCCCUACAAGGGGGUCCGGUAUCAUCUCAAAGAAUGGGGACCGAUGGCUGCACGCCCACAAAAUGCUGAAGAAUUGUUCAAUAUGCGCCACACGAAGGCUCGAAACGUCAUUGAACGUGCCUUUGGUGUUAUGAAGAUGCGAUGGGGGAUUUUGAGGAGCACUACGUUUUAUCCCGUGAAGGUCCAGAAUCGCCUUAUUAUGGCUUGUUUUUUAUUGAAUAAUUUCAUUAGAACGGAGAUGGACGUGGAUCCUCUCGAGCAAGCAUUCGAUAACUUACCACAAGAUAAUGAGUUCAGUGAACCGGAACAUGGAGAUUAUGUGGAUGCAGUUGAGCCGUCUCCUGAGUGGGCUGCGACUCGUGAUGCCAUUGCCCAAUCGAUGUGGCAACAGUAUGUUGCAAUGCAUUGA